AAGAAGGGCAAGAAGUAGCGAGCAUUUCAAAAAUGGCUAGUUUCCGGAUUCUAGUGCUUGCCCUCCUCUUCACUGCAUUUGCUCUUGACCAAACUGGAGUCGAGGCCAAUUUCAUCGAUAGCACAUACUUCACCUGGGGUGCUCACCACUCCCAGACACUGGACUGGGGGAAUCACCUUCAACUCGUCCUGGACAAAACUUCUGGCUCUGCUUUUCAAUCAAAAAGCGCAUAUCUCUUCGGAAGCUUUGAAAUGCUGAUUAAGCUCGUGCCUGGAAACUCUGCUGGAACAGUGACAGCCUACUAUUUAUCUUCAACUGGGAACUGGCACGACGAGAUUGACUUUGAGUUCUUGGGCAAUAUCUCCGGACAUCCCUAUACCAUCCACACAAACAUCUUCUCCCAAGGAAAAGGAAACAGAGAGCAGCAAUUUCACUUGUGGUUUGACCCCACAGCCGAUUUCCACAACUACACCAUCCAUUGGAACCCAACUGAAGUCGUGUGGUAUAUCGACAGUAUCCCCAUCCGGGUGUUUAGGAACUACGAGAAGGAAGGAAUUCUGUACCCUAACAGACAGGGGAUGUGGCUCUACUCGAGCUUGUGGAAUGCAGAUGACUGGGCAACCCAAGGCGGUCGGAUCAAGACUGACUGGAGUAAUGCACCCUUCAUGGCCAACUACCGUAACUUCAGGCCCAGGGCUUGCACAUGGUUCGGCCCGGAGAGCAUUGCCAAGUGUACGGCCCACACGCCGAGUAACUGGUGGACGUCACACGUCUACAGCCAAUUGAGCAAUGCUCAGCAAGGCCAAAUGAACUGGGUAAGAGACAACUAUAUGAUCUACAAUUACUGCCAGGACUAUAAGAGGUUCAACUGGAACAUGCCUCCUGAGUGCUUCAAACCACAAUACUAAUGCGAGAAAUAUCAAGAAUUUCCCCAAGACCAAACUCCUAAUGGUCUCUAAGGACUAAGGAGGAUGACAACAUCAGGGGGUCUGUCCCACUUCUUUCGC